AGUCAAAAUCAAAGAUAGGAUUCCUGCUGGUGACAGUCACCUCCGCGCGCGUCGCACGGGCCAAAACACACUAACACACCCUUCCAAGAGGAAGCACGCGCCACUGUCCCACCAAAGAAGAACCGCAACAGGAAACAGCCGCUCCGCCUGGUUCCCAGGUUCUCCUGCCUUUACCAGGCGCAGCAGCAUUGAUCCUCAGUUUGCCGUCUGACCGUCGGAGAGUUUGGAGCUGAGCCGCAACAGAGCGCAGAAAACCAGUGAUCGGAGCCCGUGUGUUGAGUGAAGAUGAUUCCCUUGAUGAUCUGUGCUUUGGUCUCCAUGAGUGUUGCAGACACUAGUUUAGACAGAGAGGUAUCUAAUCUGGAGUAUUCAAGGACUAUCUAUGUCAUAGAAAAUGGGCCUAAACUGAAUGUGACGAGCGGACAAAGCAAGGUCAUAUCGAGGCGAGGGGGAACUGUAACUUUACCAUGCAGGAUUCAAAGGGACCCGCAGCUAACAUCCAUAUCCACAAUGAGGAUCAAGUGGACUAAAGACACAGCAGACUUUCUGAAGGAGGUGAAAGUUUUUGUUGCUGCCGGUCAUCGCAAUAAAAGUUACGGGACCUUCCAGGGACGUGUCCACCUGCAACGCUCCUCUCCUAUGGACGCCUCCCUGGUGAUGAAGGAUCUCACAUUAGAUGAUUAUGGGACAUAUAGAUGUGAAGUCAUGGAUGGUCUGGAAGAUGAUACAGCAGUAGUGUCCCUUGAACUUGAAGGUGUUGUCUUCCCCUACUUUCCACGCUUGGGACGCUACAACCUUAAUUUUAAUGACGCUGCGCGGGCAUGUCGAGACCAGGAUGCUGUUGUUGCCUCUUUUAAACAGCUGUAUGACGCAUGGCAAGAAGGGAUGGACUGGUGCAACGCAGGUUGGCUGAGUGAUGGUACGGUACAGUACCCCAUCACCAACCCCAGAGAACCAUGCGGAGGGAAAAACACACCGCCAGGCGUUCGCAAUUAUGGCUUGAGAGAUAAGGGCAAGACUCACUACGAUGUGUUUUGCUUCACUUCCUUCUACAGAGGUAAGGGACAGCCCUUCCCCUUCAGACGUUUCUUAGAGCGUUUAUUUCUUUUUAACAGGUCCCUCCUUGUAAACCCCAAUCCCUGAAAUAAAUACACUAUG